CAGCUAGUGUCAAAGCUGAAAAGUUUAUAUCGCAGAGUAAAGAGUAUACUUAUGUAGUUUGUUUUUGAUUCAGGAGAAUGCAGUAUAAAAUAUUGAAUUGAAUUAUUUUCAUGGAUAGGUUUUCGAACUUCGAAGGUGUAUAUCUGCAAUUUGAUUGACAUCUGUUGAUAUAGUGAAAUUUGAUAAAUCAAUAUAAAUAAAACAAUUGAGUAUAAUCUUCCCAAUGUGACACUGGCAGAAUUGUGUAAAGCAAAAUUGCCGUUAAUUAAAAUUACAUAACAUUGAUUUGAUUAGUUUUAUUAUGUUUAAGUAGUAACUUUUAGUUCAAAAGUAAUAUUAUAAAUGACUAUUAUUAAAAUGUAUAAAAACGUUGAAAUCCGUAAACUUCCUGCGGAACUCCUUUGCAACAUUAUAAACAUUUUGGAAACUGACAAUGAUUGGAAAAAGUUGAUGUCCAACAUCCCAAAAGAUCUUCGUAGCCCAAGCUUCGAACCUAAGUAUAAUAAUGAACAUAUAAGAAUGAUUGAGGAGUAUGCUAGAGAAAGCAAUCUUAAGUGUUCCGAAAUACUCUUUGAUGAGUGGGCAACAUCAGGAAUAAUAAGACCCACAUUAAGUGAUUUAAAAGAUAUCAUAAUCAGAACACAAAUAUAUCGCGCUGCAGAUGAAAUAGCUCUUAUAUUAAAUGAACCAAAACCUCAGCGACCCUUAGUGGGGCCUGCAGCUGCAAUAAGCACUAAUGUAACAGAUAUGUUAAGCGAUAGUAUGAAUAAUAUGAGUUCUACAGAUUCUAUUCAAAUGCAAAAAUUCUGCAAUGGACCCACAGUUCAAAUGAAAUCUGAAAGUAAUUUAAUAAAAUUCACAGAAAAUCUUCCAAAGACAGGAAUAGAGUCUGCCAGUGAUCUUAUUAAAUUUUCGAAAAACCAAAUUCUUAGUGGAGACAAUUUACAAUCAAUUCAAAAUAAUGACGUUAUAGAACAAUCUAUGAACAUACCAGAUUUAUCUGCAAUCUUGACCAAAAGCCAACAAACAUUAGGAGAUACUUCUCAAAGCACUACCAAUGAAAAUUCUAAUACUUAUAAUCACAACCUCUACAGUGGGUAUCAAAAAUCAUUCCCUAACAUAAAUAUAUCUCUUGCAAUAGAUAGCGCAAUACUUCAGGACACAAAAUUAAUUCAUUUUGAAUAUGAAGAAUUACAAAAUAUCACUAACAAUUUUUCUGAUACUCUUUCUAUCAGACCAGAUGGUCCUAGUGGUAGAAUUGGUAGUGGUGGUUUUGGUGAUGUUUUUGUUGGAACACAUCCAAAGUAUGGAACUCUAGCUGUCAAAAAAGUUCAUGAACAUUUGACAUUGCACAGAAAACCAGACAUUGCUAUAAAAGUUUUUAACGCUGAAGUGAAAUUCUUGUCACAGUUUAGACAUAAAAAUAUUCUACCUAUUUUCGGAUUUUCUAAAGAUGGCCCCAUGCCUUGUAUUGUUUGUGAGUACAUCGAUGGUGGAUCCUUGCAAGAGAAAAUAGCUGAGAAGGUCCUCACCGAAAUACAAAGAAUAAAUAUUAUGGAAGGAACUGCAGAAGGCCUAAAAUAUUUGCACACAAGCGAACCACAUGUGCAAAGUAAUGAGGAAUUGUUGAAUCUAGGAAGACCAGCUGAGUUUGAUUCAGAAAAUUCCUCCAAAAACUUUGUACACGGAGAUGUGAAAAGUGCUAAUAUUCUAUUGACUAAAGACUGUAUUCCAAAGUUAUGUGACUUUGGCUUGGCAAAACAAUAUGAUGCAACUAUGGUCACAUCCUGUCCAAUGGGAACAUCGGCUUAUAUGGCUCCUGAAGGUCUACACGGUACUAUCACACAAAAAAUUGAUAUAUUCAGCUAUGGUAUAGUAUUGUUAGAACUUUUAACAGGUUUGAAACCUAUUGUUGUCACUAAUGGUGAAAAGAUAAAUAUAAAGGAUUAUGUGGAGGACAAUUUUAAUGGAGACAUCAAUUUGUUGUUGGAUUCCACUGUACCUCAAUGGACUAAAGCUAUUAAACUUUAUGCCUUAGCUCAAAGCUGUUUACAAAGAGAUAGAAAGAAAAGACCAAACAUGAAUGAAGUGUGCAAUAUUUUGUAUGAAUUAAAGAAGUAACAUUUAAAGCAAUCAUAGAUGUUAAGUCCAUUUUAUUUGCAAAUAAAACAGAUAUUUUAUAUUUUGAGA